AUGUCUGCGAAUGGGUUGUCUGCGAACUCAACAUAUACGAACCCGAUUCUGCCAGGGUGGCAUUCGGAUCCCAGCUGCAUCUUCGUCCCUGAAGAAGACAAUACCUUCUUUUGUGCUGUUUCCUCUUUCCUCACAUUUCCUGGUAUCCCGAUCUAUGCCAGCAGGGAUUUAAUCCACUGGAAACUCGCGAGUAAUGUCGUUUCGCGACCAACUCAGGUACCGGAAAUCGCCAGUAGUACCUCACAGACCCAGCAGGAUGGCCUUUGGGCAUCAACUCUCCGGUACAGGAAGGGGAAAUUCUAUCUUCUCAGCUCUUACGUUUCGAUGUAUCCAGGUUUCAAAUUCAAGGGCCUACUGUUUACCUCCACGAAGAUAUUUUCGGACGAGGCAUGGAGUGACCCCAUUUGGUUCAAUGUCGGAGAUAUUGACCCUGAUCUGUUCUGGGGUGACCUCCCAGAGGGCCCGCACAUCUAUAGAAAGGACGGCUAUUACUAUCUCUCUAUUGCUGAGAGAGGCACAGAACUCGGCCACCGACAGAGCAUUGCCCGAGCAAGGAAUAUCACAGGCCCCUACGAAGGGUACAGGGGGAACCCUAUCCUAACGAAUGCCAAUACAACAGAGUACUUUCAGACUGUCGGGCAUGCAGACCUCUUCCAGGAUGCCAGCGGGAAUUGGUGGGGAAGCGCACUAGCUACGCGCUCAGGUCCCGCAUGGAAGGUCUAUCCCAUGGGCCGUGAGACUGUGCUUUUCCCCGUAGCCUGGAAGGAAGGCGAAUGGCCAGUUCUGGAGCCUGUGCGCGGGGAGAUGAGCGGAUGGGCUCUCCCUCAUCCGCACAAUAAGGAGAUCCCUGGUGAUGGGGCAUAUGUGGAUGCAGCGGAUAGCAUUGAUUUUCCUCCUCGCAGUACAAUUCCUCGACACUUUGUCUUUUGGAGGCUUCCCAAAGUUGGCUCCUUUACGGUGUCACCCCCCGAGCGUCCUUUCUCUCUGCGUCUCCUUCCUUCGCGGCACAAUUUAACCGGCAGCACCGGUGUGGCGGGGGAAACGGUCGAGGAAACAGGCAUCACAUUGAUUACACGUCGUCAAAGCCAUACCUAUUUCACUUACAGCGUGGACGUCUCCUUUGCUCCCACCGAAGAAGGAGAAGAAGUUGGCGUGACAGUCUUCCUGACACAGUAUCAGCAUAUCGACCUAGGCGUUGUAUUUCUCCCAUCACCAUCUGGGAAGUUGACGCCUCAUAUUCGAUUCCGAACAACGUUGUUGGAUGAUUUGAACCAGUCAAAACCUCAAAAUGUGACCGAUCCAGAGACUAUAACAACGGUCUUGCCGUGCUUUUCGAAAGAAAUCAAGGCUAAGUUACAAAUCAAGGCCGCGAAUGAUACUCACUAUGUGUUUUCUGCUUCACUACCGGGAUUUCCCGACUUUAGCUUCUCUCCACUUGCAGAAGCUGCUCUUGUAAGUGGUGGCACUGGCAGAUUUACUGGGGCCCUUCUUGGAGCAUAUGCCACAAGCAACGGAGGGUCGGGCUCGAGUCCGGCAUACAUCAGUCAAUGGAGAUAUGAGAGCCAGGGUCAAAGAAUCGAAUAG